CAGUCAACAAAACUAGUAAACUGGAAGCAAAAUAUCUUAAAUCACCUGUACUGGUGUGCUGCCAGCAGCCAUGGGGAUGGUGAACAAGUAAAAGCCAAAUGGCUCUCUAUCUUAAAACAUGUGACGAACAUACACCAGGGACACUCAGAAACCUUUCCAGAAUGUGCCCAUGGUCCGUUAGAAGAGGACAGGGAAUGGUUAAGGAGAGGUAAUGCUAGCCAGGAAUAAAUCCAAAUUAGUAUUAUUCUAGCAGGCCCAAUUUCUGUCUCUAUAAAUGUGCGACCUUGUCGCUUAGAAGCCUUGCACAAGCACAAUACAGGGAAGAUGGGUCUCCACACGAAACCCACAUCUCCUUUAACGUUGUACAUGUUAUAUGAGCAAACACUGUGGGAUGGGUCGUACUGUUUAUAGUAAUUUUCUGAAAAGACUAGGCUAAAGUCUAACUGUUUGCAUAACUUUCUUCACAGGUUCGAAAGCGUUCAAGGAAUUGGAUGGCAUUAUCACAAGCAAGGUUUUGCUGAAGGACAUCCCAAAAUUGUCCCCUGACAAACAGACAUCCCUCGUCGAGCUCCUUCAUAAAGUGGAUCUCUAUUUUGCACCAAAACACACACAUUUUUUCUACCAGGGAAUGAAAGCAAGGUAUGAAUAAUGUCUCUUAAUGGGAAGCGCUUAGAAACUUAUACUUUAUGAUCUUUUUGGCUUACCACGUGCAUAAUAAUAAUAAUUAUGCGAGUGGUAAGCCAAAAAAAUCUAUAAUUAUAAUUAUUAUUACUGAUAUAAUUAAUAUACAAAAAAAUCCACGACUUCAAGAUUCUGCAAGGAAAACAUGGUAUUGUUUUGUGUGCUCUUGAGUACCUUUUGGUUUGCAAUGGAGGGGUUGUAACUUUCACUUGGUGUAUUGUAAACUAAACACAAGUUAUUGUUUGUCAAUUUUAAGGCUCCAAAUUGCAGCUCUUCAUUUUAAUGAAAAUGUUAACAAGCCACAGAGAUUGAUCAAGGAAGGAGAAAAGGCAGGAGAUGAGCAGUGCCUAGUAUACUACCCUAAAUACAAGAAAGGAGGGGCAGUAGCGAAGGAAAUCAAAGAAGCCUGCCCACAUGGUAAUAAACUGAUACACUAGCAAUUUGGCAUUAGGCAUUUGGGCACAUAGAACAAUUGGAUGAUCUGGUUUAGUGACCACAAAACAAUAGCUUCCCCGUGCCCAAUUACCAAUGACAAAAGGAAGUUUAAUUAAAUCAGUUAUGACAAAUUGAGUUUACUUUUUGACCCCUGCAUCAUCUGCUGAAAUCCUAUGUUACUACCAUCUAAAUGAAAUGACUCUUCUUGGCUGAACUUUUGAUUAGCACAAGUUAGUUCUCCAGAUUAUAAAAAUUGACUUUUUGAUAUUUUAGUGAGAUUUUACCAUAACCACUUUAAGGUUACACUGUAAAUUCAAGAAGGACAAGAAUGCAUUAGAAGGUUUUCAACAUCACCAAUAUAUAAGCUAUGUGUACCUUACAUGUUAUUUUUCACACACACACCAGCUCUUAAAAAACCAUUGGCUACACUAUCCAACACAGUAUAAACACAGUUUAAGUCACAAGUGGUUCUCAUUUUCUUUGCAGGUUACAUGAUGAGACUUUUUGAAGAGCUCCUGCAAUUGAGGAGACAAUUUCCCUCUUACAGUGCUGCAGAAAGAGAAUUUAGACCAAUGCUGCAGGCCAUUCCCAGGCCCCUCACUAGCCAGCGUCAAAGACAGGAAAAGGAGGCUGUCAUUGCACAGCAAAAAUCAAGAUUUAACAGAAAAGGCUAG